GAAUUCAGUCAAUAGAUCAAUCAGUAUUCAGAUGAUCUACACAGCCCCAGCAGGUGGCGCUAUGGACAUUUAAACACAGAAGAAGAAGAGAAAGAGUCGGAGUCACAGCGUCGUUACAACCUGCCGGGACGGUGUUAUACAAACACGCGACCGUCAGUGGGCGGUGGGACUCGGUACCGCGUGCGGCACAGGUGAACUCUUCGUGUUUGAUCCAGUGAUGGGGGAGUCUCGGAUCAUUGUAGAGGAGCUGCUGGCUCUUUGUCUCCAGAGGAUUAACAUGGAGGAGAACGCUCUCAACACUGAACUUGAGUUUGUUGACAUGGUGAAAAACUUUGAAGUUGUCAGGAAGCGAUGGAUGCACGCUGAGCUGGAGCUGAAGAAGUACAAAGAGCUGCUGGUGAAGUCUGAUGUGGCCAAAGCUGCUCUGGAGGUCAAACUGAAACACGCUCGAAACCAGCUGGAUGUGGAAAUGAAGAAACGUUACAAGAUUGAAGGCGACUACCAAUACUUGCAGAGGCAGAUGCAGCUCAUGUGUGACAUCCUGGUCCAUGACAGUAAAUCCAGCGCCUGUCUGAAUGAUGAGCAGAAAUCUCUUUUAGCUACAUUUGAACAUAAAGGAGGAAACUUGACUCUGCAUAGGACCAGCAAAAGGUUGUCUGUGAUUGAUGAGUCCUCGUUCCUGUCUCACUCUGAUAUCAGCUACGAUCGGACUGAUGAUGACAUGGAUCUGGACACAACUGUAAUUAAACCUCUGAGAUCUCGAGCCAGAGAGAGGAGGCGCUCGUCGAUGGGUCCAGCUGCUGGCGUUCCAGUUGUGAAACGAGGGAGAGGCAAUAAUGUUUCUGCAGAGCUGCUGGAGAGAAAAACUGUAGAGAAGGAGGUCGAGACAAUAGUGAAAGCGUCCGUGACGACUCCUGAGACAGGAGGUCAGAUCCACAUGGUGGUGGGAAUCACACAGGAGUCUCCUGAAAACCUGGUCCGGACUCUCACCCAGGAGUGUGCUGUUUCACUGGGAGGGGGAGGAGCAGACCAAACCUCAGUGUGGUUUCCCUGUGAAGAGACGGUGGCAGAGGCUGAAACUGAAGCUAAGACAGAGCAGAGUGCUGCAGUCAGAGCAGCUCAGCCCGGCAGAGCUGAGAAAACCCUGAAACACGUGUUCCUUUCUAAAACAGUGAUCCGGCCGGAGACGUGCUUGCCAUGUGGUAAGAGGAUCCGCUUUGGGAAGAUGGCAGUGAAGUGCAGAAACUGUCGCGCAGUCACUCAUCCAGAGUGCAAACAGAAAUUCAUAGACAGCUGCUUGGCCACAACGACAGGAAGGAUACUUCAGAUGGACUUGUUGGAGGGUUUUGCUCCACUGACUCAUCCCAGAGUUCCUCGACUGAUCACAGAGUGUGUGACUGAGAUCGAGAGGAGGGGGUUGGAGGAGAGGGGACUGUACCGGGUUCCUGGAGGAGAGCGUCUGGUGAAGGAGCUUAGAGAUCGGUUCAUUCAGGGGAAAACUCCUCUGAUGCUCAGUAAAGUCCAUGAUGUCCACGUGCUCUGUGGUCUUCUGAAGGACUUUCUGAGGAAACUAAAGGAGCCUCUGAUCACCUUCAGACUGCACCGGACCUUCAUGGAGGCUUCAGAGCUGACUGAUGAAGACAACAGCUCAGCCAUCAUGUAUCAGGCCAUAUCAGAGCUGCCUAAGGCCAACAGAGACACACUGGCUUUCCUCAUGCUUCACUUACACAAAGUGAUGAAGAGCCCCCAGUGUCAAAUGGACCAGAAUAAUUUGGCCCGGGUGUUUGGACCAACUAUAGUAGGUCAUGGGAUGCCUGAGCCGUCUCCAACAACCAUCAUGAGAGACACAAACACUCAGCCAAAGGUUAUUAGUCGGCUGCUGUGUCUCCCUGAAGAUUAUUGGAGACGUGUCCUCUCUGCCCAGACUGAUCAAAUCUCAUCCUCCACCAGUAAGACCUGCAGCCAGGAAGAUGGACAUGGACGGUUGUUUCAGCCAUUAACUUCUCCAGAGUUGAACAGUUACUACAAAACUCCCAGCAGAGGAUCUCUGAGAGGCAGGAUCAAGAACCUGGGCAACGCUUUCACCAACACUGGUCGAGUUGAACCAGGAAGGAGAUUCUUCACCUCCCCCAGCUGAGCCACUCACUUCCUCUCAUUCUCCUCACCUAUCAUCAACCUAACCCUGUAUACACAAACAACACGUGAAGUGGGAUAUCAAACUGACUUUGGAGGAAAAGGAAGUUUCUCCACUCCUGCUACAGUCUGACGGUGGAACACAGAAUGCCUGUGUUUGUUCACUGACAAAUAUAAACAAUACAAGUGCUGUUUUUUUUUUCUUUUUUGGUUACUUGUUCAUGCACCCUGUCUACCCUUGGUGAUAUUUUUGUUUAUAAAUGUUGUUGUGGCACAUUGGGACUGAUGAGUUUAGGAUUUCAUAGCCAGUAAAAAAUCUUAAUGAUGACACUAAAUCAGCUGAUGUGAUCUGUUCUGAUUGAUGGCAUUACAUCAUGAGCUUGUAGGUGAGACUGGUCAAACUGUUUUGCCAUGACAGUAACUGACUCCUGUACAGAAGCUCCAGUCUUCCUGCAUUUGCUGGUAGCUAUAAGAAAUGAAAAGUACAUUUUAACAGAUUAACAUGUGAAAUAGAAGCUGUUUAUGUAUCUGUGUUGAUGACAUGGUGUUAUAUGUGUCAGGCUUUACACUGUGCUGUGUGUUGUUUCUAUGUUUGGAUUUCACUAAAGCACCUUCAGCUGUGAAGAAUAAAAGCACCUGCAUGUUUUGUGUAAGAAACUUCAAAUAAAAGUAAAAUAUGAACU